AUGUGGCCAAAGGCCAAACAAAGCAGCAAGGUGAGGGGACACGGUGGGCAACAGCCACCCUCCAUGGCACAUGGAGGUUGUACCACAGCAUGGUACAACCACAUUCCCUCACGUACCAUGUGUCCCCAAAACCACAACCCUGUGUGUCAUAACCCCAAGCACUUUGUCCCCACUGUCCACCCCACUUAUAUCCACAGCAAUUCUGCAUCCCCUCAGGGUGCUUUUUGCCCCCAAAUCAGCCUCAUGCGUCCAAAAAGGAUGGGGAAACUCCAGCCCCAUGUCCCCACGCCUUGUCCCCACUCACCACAUCCCUAUGUCCACGCUAUCAGUUUCUGCAGAAACCCUGCACACCCCUGUGGUGGUUUUUGUCCCCAAAUCAGCCUGAUGCAUGAAAGGUGGGAACCCCCCAGAUCCAUGUGUGUCCCUCUGUCCCUUGUGUGCCACCACCAUCUCUCUGCUGUGUCCCACUGGGCAGAGGUAUCUGAGGAGGAGGAGGAGGAGGAGGAGGAGGAAGAAGAUGAGAUGGAGAGUAAAGAUCCUCCCAAAAAGCUGAAGAAGAAACUGACGAAAGAGCCACCCUCAGGGGAUAAGAAGCUGAAAGCAAAGGGUGACAAAAGUGAUGCUGACAGCAAAGCCAAAUCUACCAAAAGCGCCAAGAAGGAGCCGAUAUCUGUGUUCCAUGUGAAUGGGGAGAAGAAGGAGAAGAAGAGCAAAAAGAAAGCUGCCACUGGCAGUGAUGAGGAGGAUGACUCUGAUGCCAGUACCAAACCUAUCCGAUCGGGUAAGAAGAAGAAUCCGGUGUCACUCUUCCAGACUGGUGGGGACCCUCCCAGAGAGAGAAAAACCAGGAAGAAAGCCCCUAAAGCAGCAGAGAGCGAAGAGGACGCCUUGGAGACACAGCAGAAGAACUCCAACAAGAAGGGCAAAGGGAAGAAAUCUAAGAAGAAGGAGGAGAGGCCGCUGUCACCUGUCAUCGAGGUAGACAACCUGGAGAAGUUUGUGCUGUCCCCAGCGCCACAGGGGGUGACCAUCAAGUGCCGGGUGACGCGGGACAAGAGGGGUAUGGACCGGGGCCUGUACCCCACCUACUACCUGCACCUGGAUAACGACAAAAAGGUCUUCCUGCUCGCUGGGAGGAAGCGUAAGAAGAGCAAAACCUCCAACUACCUCAUCUCCAUCGACCCCACAGACCUGUCACGGGGUGGGGAGAACUUCAUCGGGAAGCUGAGGUCCAACCUGAUGGGGACCAAGUUCACCGUGUUUGACAAUGGCUGUAACCCUGAUCGGGCCAGCGCCGAUUGGUCCAAUGUGCGGCAGGAGCUGUCGGCUGUGGUUUAUGAGACCAAUGUGCUGGGGUUCAAAGGGCCCCGGAAGAUGACAGUUAUCAUCCCUGGGAUGAACUCAGACAACGAGCGGGUGCCCAUCCGACCCCGAAAUGACAACGAUGGGCUGCUCAUGAGGUGGCAAAACAAGAACAUGGACAACAUUAUUGAGCUGCACAACAAGGCACCGGUGUGGAAUGACGAGACCCAGUCCUAUGUCCUCAACUUCCACGGCCGUGUCACCCACGCCUCCGUCAAAAACUUCCAGAUUGUGCAUGGCAGUGACCCUGAUUACAUUGUGAUGCAGUUUGGACGUGUGGCAGAUGACGCCUUCACCAUGGACUACAACUACCCGCUGUGUGCCGUGCAGGCCUUUGCCAUUGCUCUCUCCAGCUUUGAUGGGAAGCUGGCCUGCGAGUAG